AUGAAAGCUCCAUUAGGAUAAUUUGGAGUUAAUGAGAAUAGAUUUAAAGAAUAAAAAUUAUUAGUUCCUGGUCCAGGAUCAUAUGAAGUAGAUAAAAAUGAUGAUACAAAAAAAGAUAAGAAAUUACCAGAACAAAAAGGAACAUAUGCAUUUAUGAGUCAUGCACCUAAAAGUUAAGAUUUAUCAAUUCCAAAUAUAAAUCCAGCUCCAGGUGCUUAUAAUAUCGAAUAAAAGAACAUUUAAUAUUAUAUUUGCUGA